AUCCAAUCAUAUUCCAUACAGCAAUGAUCAGAUAGAGGCUCUUAGAAAAACCUUUCAAAUUGUUUUUGUUAAGAUAAUCAACAAGAGCAUGGAUCAAGCUAUAGACUUGUUCCAUACUAAUAACAUAACCUAUAAUUGGAAAACGACGUGAUGACGACGUGAUGACGACGUGAUGACGACAUGGGAUUAAGCACGAUGCAAAGCCAGAUUAGUGAUGGCUAAUUAAUUUUAUUUUGCUAGUCAACUUGAAAGCCCAUAUAGUGAAAAAUACAGAUCCAUUUUAACUAUUAUUUGACCAAUAAACCACCAUCUCAUGUUAUUCCAGAGUUUACCACCAUUAUGAUCCUGCGAUACAUCAAAAUCUUUGUAAAAGAUGAUUUAAAAUUAUGUAUAUCGAAGUUGAUGGACUACUGUUUGCUGACAUAACUAAAAUUUUAAAUGUGAAAAUACAUGAACUUUAAAAGUGCGAUAGGCUUGAAGUUAUCCCGGGCAUUAACAAGUAAUAAUCAACGCAAUAUUUUCACUAACCGGCUGUUUCACUGAUAAAAGACAUCUCAACUUCUUGAUGGAAAGAUCACGAUCACGUCAUAUAAUUUAUACAAAUGUUAUAUAUAACAUAUUAAUUAGUUAUGAUGCAAACAUCUUUUAAAUAGUACCAUUGUUCAACCUUCAAAGUCAACCUACCAACCACAAAAGGCCCAUUGUAACCAUUGAGCAACCUCAAAUUACAGUAUCUCUUAAUGUUCCUCUUGUUCUUAUCGUAUCAUCUCCUUCGAUCAUCAUCCCAAUAUUUUUCUUUUCUUCAAACACAAAAAAUAUAUAGGAUUUGUGCAUGGACCGGAGACCAAACCGGCUAAAGCUUUGUCCUCAUGAACCCUAAAGGUAGAAUAAGUCUCAAACGUUCAAUCACCGGUCAUCAUGGUUCGAUAUUACAGCUACACCUCUUUCUCCUACUCUUCUCCGGCCAAGCUUCGGCUCAAGCCACUCAUGGCGGUUCAGAUAUGUAUAGAAAAAGCUCCCGGUUCGACCCAACCAUGGCAAUACUCAUGAUCGUCCUCGUCAGCGUUUUCUUCGCUCUAGGGUUCUUCUCCGUAUAUAUCCGUAGGUGUCUCGAGCGAGUCAUGGGGAUGGACAAUACACACCCCGCUGACGCCGGCGGAAACUGGCUUUCUCUGAGCCGCCCGCAAGCGCGUGGACUUGACGCGUCUGUCAUUGAGACUUUUCCUACGUUCAGAUACUCAACGGUGAAGGCGCUUAGGAUAGGCAAAGAGGCCCUUGAGUGUCCUGUCUGCUUAAACGAGUUCGAAGACGCUGAAACGCUGCGUUUGAUUCCUAAAUGUUGCCACGUAUUCCAUCCGGGCUGUAUAGACGCUUGGCUUCGUUCUCACGCCACGUGUCCUCUCUGCCGCGCCAAUCUCGUCCCCGUACCGGGAGAAUCGGUUCCUUCUAUCCAGAUACUCGGUUUAGCAGAUGAAGCUCCCCGUUCUGAGUUAACCGGUGAUCGAAUUACGGUUUUGGGUUCUCCGGAUGCGAGAUUGAUUGACUCGGUGGCGUUGACCGGUAACCAGAGUAUGCCACGUAGGUCUCUGUCUACCGGUUGGAAUUUAGCCGGAAUUUUCACUAAUUCUGAUUGGACCGGUCAACAUGGGGAGAAUCUCGACCGGUUCACACUUAGGUUACCGCAAGACAUUCACAAUAAGCUAGUGAACCCAAAUCUUUCAAAAGGCCACCUAGCGUUACCUCAGGUGAUGAGUUCAGCAAGAGGAUACCGAACCGGAAGCCUAGAGACCGAUGCAAACUAUUUCUACUAUGAACGGUUUGACCAAGGUGGUCGGUUAGACCGCAGACCGUUCUCCAUGACUCCUCCGUACCGGACAUGUUCGAUCAAUACUUCUCCGGAUGGCGGUGGUGAUCAGGUGCGUGCUGGUACACCAAAAGGUUUGCUUCUAGCUAUGAAAUCACCGUUCGAUCGGUUGUUUCUUGGAAAGAACAACAUUGGUGAACGUUUAUCAAACAAUAACAUCGGUGAACGAGUCUAGUCAUGUAGCUGUGUAGAUCAAUAACAUCGGUGAACGAGUCUAGUCACCAACGUAGCUUCGCCCCUGUUCGUCGGAUCACCUUCGUACCGUCGACGCUAGUCAUGUAGCUGUGUAGAUCAAUUUAUGUUAAUUGGUUUAUUUGAGAAAGCCUUACUUUAUACAUAUUUCAUUUUUACUUUCGCAUUCUGUAUUUUCAGUUUAAUGUUACGGAAAGAGGUCCGCAUCUUUGGUUAUUA